ACAAAAUAAAGUUGAUAAAUAGUGAUAAACACAACUUGCUGUAGGAACGUACCGUUUUAAGGUAAUGUUUCCACCGGAUUAUUUUACAGAGGUGGACCAGUGAAGAAACCAAGGAUGGAGGUGAGGGACCCUAACGCUGCGAUGCUCAGCAAUUAUGAGGUGCAUCAGCUGCUGAUGGAGCUUAAAGAGAAGAGGAAAGAGAGUGUUAAAAACAAACACAGCACUGGGCAGCAGAACCUAAACACUAUAAUGUAUGAGACUCUUAAGUAUCUUUCCAAGACGCCAUGUGCUCACCAGGGUCCUGAGACAGUGAAAGACUUUCUUAAAGCGAUGCUUCCACACAAACUCACCAAAGCUGAGAAACUGCAACUGCUGAACCACAGACCACAGACGGCUGUUGAGAUCCAGCUGAUGGUAGAAGAAAGUGAAGAACGGUUGACAGAAGAACAAAUCGAUGAGCUUAUUCAGACUGUUACAGACAUCCUCCCUGGAGAUCCUCAGCAAGAAGGUGGUGCCACAGAAGACACUGAAAUGGGCACCAGCACAGAUCAGUGAUUAAAUAAAAGAUCCAGGAAUCAGCAUCAGCUGAUCUGAUCUUUAAAAACAGCAUCUGGAUGUUUAAAACAACCACUCAGAUAUGUAUGAGAUAUUGGGUAUCUGAAGUUUUUCAAAUAAGGAGAACUUCUAAAAAGACAUAAUUUGGUUUAAUAAUGUCAUCUGUACAUAAACCUGUUGUAACUAAAUCAGCACAGAACCGGUCGAGGCGUAUUGCCUUCACACCUGCAACAUUUUACGUUCACUCUUUGCAUAACAUUUUGAAACUGGAGCUUGCAGCAUGUUUGCAUGUUUACUAGGAGCAGGUUGGUAUCAAAUCAGUGUUGACUGAGAUACAGAGCUUUAACAUUGGUUUCAUAUUACAAUGAAAAUCAAAAAAUUCUUAGUAGUUUGAACUUCUUAGACAUGCAUUGUUAAACCAUAUAAACCAUCGUGUGUGAGAUUACCCAAAACAAAGGCAUGGACUGAGACAAGUAUGCAGGUUUACGCAAUGCUAAAGUGUUGGCUGUAAGCUUCCUUUUAAUUAGAUCCACUGCGUUACAGAUGUACACAUGCUUUAAGGAAAUUGUGUAAAGCUGAGCUGUUGAAGCAUUUUGAUCUUCAUUCCAUUAAUAAAAGUUUGAAUUAUUUAUA